CUUUGGAUCGAGUUGUGUAAGUGCACCGGGAACGUUUGGGAGGAAAGUUUUGCUCCUGUGAUAGGAGUGAUAUUGCCUCCGCCACUCUGUUUUGCUGGUUGUUUCUGUUCUUUCUGCCACCUUUUGCCAGUCGUACCGAAUGGGGAACAAUCGGUUAACUCCAGCCCGGGUCUUCCUUCACGCGAGCUGCCGGCCGGGAAAUCGACAGCGGGGAAGCCUUUUAGCGCGAGUUUCGGGAUGGGAGAAAGCCCAAGACAAAAAGAGCCAAAAGAUUCCUUGAGAAGAGAGAACCAAAACUCAAUGAAAAUAUUAAAAAUGCCAUGCUGAUUAAAGGAGGAAAUGCAAAUGCAACAGUGACACAAGUACUGAGAGAUGUGUAUGCCCUGAAAAAACCAUAUGGUGUUCUGUAUAAAAAGAAAAAUAUUACAAGACCAUUUGAGGAUCAGACAUCUCUGGAAUUCUUUUCAAAGAAGUCGGAUUGUUCUUUAUUCAUGUUUGGUUGCCAUAAUAAGAAGCGGCCAAAUAAUCUAGUAAUAGGUCGUAUGUAUGACUAUCAUGUGCUGGAUAUGAUUGAAUUAGGUAUUGACAAGUUUGUCUCUCUAAAAGACAUUAAGAACAGUAAAUGUCCAGAGGGAACAAAACCCAUGUUAAUAUUUGCUGGUGAUGAUUUUGAUUUAACAGAAGACUACAGAAGACUAAAAAAUCUUCUCAUUGAUUUUUUCAGAGGACCCACAGUAUCAAAUAUCCGCCUGGCUGGAUUAGAGUACGUUCUGCACUUCACUGCACUGAAUGGGAAGAUUUACUUUCGAAGCUAUAAGUUGCUGUUGAAGAAAUCUGGUUUUAGAACACCCCGGAUUGAAUUGGAAGAAAUGGGACCUUCACUGGAUCUAGUUUUGAGAAGGACACACCUAGCGUCAGAUGACCUUUAUAAAUUAUCUAUGAAGAUGCCAAAAGCUCUCAAGCCAAAGAAGAAGAAAAAUAUCUCCCAUGACACUUUUGGUACAACUUACGGAACGAUUCAUAUGCAGAAGCAAGACCUAAGCAAACUACAAACCAGAAAAAUGAAGGGGUUGAAGAAGCGACCUGCAGAAAGGAUAACAGAAGAUCAGGAGAAAAAAUCAAAGAGAGUUAAAAAAAAUUGAUGGAGCUUAGCUAGCAACUACAGUUCUAUUGUAGUCUGUUUAUUUAAGAGAAUUAUCACACUUUAAUCCAUUCAGUUUCUUUUAAGAUUGUAUUGGUUUUUUUUAACAUAAUUUACUAUGUAUUAUUACAGACUGUAAUAUAUUAGUAUUGAGUUUA